AGAGCGCCGCCAGGCCAUGGAGCAUGGCCUCAAAGCCUGGGAGCCAUGGGGCGGAGCGGGGGAAGCUGGUGCCAGCCGCCUCCAUGGGCAUGAAGGCCUCCAAGUCCUCCACCUCGCUCGCCUUUGACUCUCGGCUCAGCAAGGUGCAGUCAGUGCAGUGGGACGAGGCAGUUCUCCGUCGGGGUGCCAAAACUCUGGAGCCAAGAAUGCUCCGGGGCCCUCAGAGGUCCUCCAGACGAACCCCCUGCUCGGUGCGCCAUCCCUGACAGAUGCCGGUCCAGCCUCUGUUAGAAAGGCUCCCGGGAAGGAGGGCUCACCACUCCAUGAGGCAGGCUGUUCUGCAGGGGAGAGCCAGUCUUGGGGAAGUGUGCACAGAGUGUCCCCUUUGCUAAGCAGGGUCUGUGCUUGGAUGGGUGGCUGCUGUAAGAUAUUCCCCUUAGGGGAUGGGGCCGUAGCUCAGAGGGAGCAACCCUGUUGCUCAGGUUCAAUCCCUGGCAGCCUCUCCAGGUAGGGUUGGGAGAGACUCCUGCCUGGAACCUUGGAGAGCCUGCUGCCAGUCAGUGCAGACAGUGCUGAGCUCAGUGGGCCAAGCGUCUGACUCAGUAGACAGCCACUUGCUAUGCUCCUACGAACAUCUCUUACAGUCGGGUAAUGUUCCUAAUGUCUAGCCCAGAGGCAGGCAUGAACUAACUUUGUCUUGCCAGCUGUUGUUCAGCUAAAAGUCCCAUUCCCCCCAGCCACAAUUAUUUGUCAUUCAACAACAGCUGAGUAGCCAAGGUUGCCUACCCCUGGACGAGUCUAAAUCUGCUUCCUUGCCAGUUCAACCCAUUGGUUCAGCUGGGCUAAUGAGUAGCAGUACCAUUUGUGGCCAGUAUAGGGGUGGCGCUGCAGCCCAGGAAAGAUCAGGCCAGUAAAACUUUGGUCGUAUGAGCCCCUCGGGUGGGCAGAAGAGCCUCCCAGACCCUGUUCUUUUAUGCCCUGGUUCAAGUUCCUGGGUGCCUCACAUGCUCCCAAAUACUUUUCACUAGACACAUUGCCCUCGCACUCUCAGGCCCUUUCUUCACAAGGACUAGAAACUUGCUGGAUGUUGGAGGCUACAUUCUGUUUCCAGUUCUGUGCUCGUGGAACAUGCCCACAGCCCAGACUAUAUUGAGAGACCAACAUGCUCUAAAGGAGGGUUGCUCAGAGGCGAAACUCCUCAAAGGAGGCCGAUCCAGAGCAGCGCCGUUUGUCCAGAGACUUUCCCCAGAAGCAGCAGCAAGGAGACACAGGCAGGCUCCUUUUCCUGCUCCCUUGGCUGGCAGAAGCUUUGCUCUAGCCGCGGGCCUGUCAGAUGCCUGGUUUCCUGCAGCCGCUCACCGGCUUGGCUACCCAGAGCGGCUGCGUUCCGUCGGGGUCUGCAAAACCCGCGCUUUGCGUCAGUCCAGGAGAUGAAAGGGCGGCAGACAUUUGGGGAAUCUGGAGGAGCGGUUUGAUGUUAGCGAUGCAGAAACCCGCAGGACUGGGAGUGUGUUCCGUUUUCCUUCUACGGCUCUUCUUCUGUUUGCCAAAAUACUCCUCUGGAGACCAACUUGCAGAGAUCUGUGGCGUGUAAAAGGCUCUGAAGAGAGCCAGCAGCGAAGACAUGCUGACCAAAACGGGCCUCCUGGCUGCCACAGCGGGGUCCCGGCUGAAGAAGACGGUCACCACGGAGGCCAUCUCGGAGCUUGCUGAGAACCGGCUGAGGCCCAGCUCAGGCUCCAUCCCAUCUUCCAAGCGUACCGGGAUCCCAGCUCCUCGGGAACUGCCGACCGCCGUGGCCCGAGAGAAAGCCGUGCUGCGGCCUAGGAAGACGCAGCCAAGCCCGACUUCCUCGGGAACCCCGACGCCCACCAAGCACUUGCGGCCUUUCACCAAAGCCAAGAAUGAGGCCGAAGGUGGCGAUAAGGCGGUGCUGGAGUCCCAGGUCAAAGAGCUCCUGGCCGAAGCGAAGACGAAAGAUUCUGAGAUCACCAAGCUCCGGAGCGAGCUGAAGAAAUGCCAGGACAAGGAAUCGCUCAGCCUGGAUGUCGCCGGCCUGUUGGACCAAAAUGCGGAUGCCAUACCGAUGCCCUCUGGCCACAUGGAGCCAUUGCUCCGAGCGCUCCAGGAGAAAAACCGGACUCUCCAAAGAGAGCUCCUCAGCCUGGGGGAGGAGAAUCGGCUGCUGCGAGAGAAACUGAGUCACGCGGAGCAGUCGUCGCUGUUGGAUACGGUCAGCAGCAGCGGCGGGAACAGCAGCCUGCCAACCCCCACCAUGCCAGAGUCGAGCUUUGGAAGUCCGACUGGACAUCCCACACACAGCCACGCGGGGGAUGCCAGCCAGCGUGUCAAUGGGCUGCCCUUGCGGAACUCCGGCUCGUCCAGCAGCGAUGUCACCAAGGCAUCCCUGUCGCCCGACGCCUCUGACUUUGAACACAUCCUGGACGUGCCGUCAAGGCCUGGCUCCGCUGACAGCAGCAACCCCUUCAAGAGCUCCAGGUGCUCCAUCUCGGGGAGCUUGCCCAACAACGUCAGCAACCUCUCCAUGGCGUCCCUCACGGAGAAGAUCCAGAGGAUGGAGGAGAACCACCAUAGCACGGCGGAAGAGCUGCAGGCCACGCUGCAGGAGCUCUCCGACCAGCAGCAGGUGGUGCAGGAGCUGACCGCUGAGAACGAGAAGCUGGCAGAAGAGAAGGCCAUGCUGGAGACGUCCUUCUGCCAGCACCAGGAGCGGACGGAGAAGCUAGGCCAGGAGAACGAGAAGCUGGUGGCACUCCUGCAAGACUGGCCCAAGAGCGACGAGAGCAAAUGGCGGGACGCCAAGGUCCACGAGCUGGAGCAGAAGUGCACCGAGCUGCAGGAGAAGGCCCAGUUCGAGCGGGAGAAGAUGCUGAACAUCCAGCAGCAGCUGACCAGCAGCCUGCGGAGCCUGGAACGCGAGCACCAGGACACGCAGGCAGCUGCCAAGGCCCUGCGUGAGGAGACAGAGCGGCUGGGCGCCCUCCUACAGGUGGAGCGGCAGAGCAACGCCACCCUGGCCAGGACUCUGGAGGACUGCAAGGUCUCUGUGGAGGGCCUGAAGAUCGAGAGCGGCUCGCUCCGGUCACAGCUGGACAGCGCCAAGCAGGAAGCGGCGGCCAUUGACGCGGCCGGGUGCGACGCAGACCGCUCUGGCGUCCAGGACUUGUUGAAGGUGGCCCGGGCGGAGAAAGAUCAGCUGGAACUCGCUUGCACGGAACUCAGGCAGGAGCUCUUGAAGGCCCACAGCGAGGUGAAGACGGCCCAGGGCCAGCUGGCCAAGGUGGAGAAGGAGCGCGGGGAGCUAAAGGAGACCUGUGAACGGCAGGCGGAGCAGCUGAGCCAGGCCAGCCUCAAGCUGCAGGAGAAGACCGCAGAGAACGAAGCCGAGAUCAAGAACCUGAAGGAGACUAUCUUUGAGUUGGAGGACCAGGUGGAGCAGCACCGAGCGCUCAAGCUGCACGACAACCAGAUCAUCAGUGACUUGGAAAGGAAUCUGCUGAAACUUGAAGACCAGAAGCUGGACUUGGAGAGGCAACUGAAGACCCUGAAUAAGCAGAUCAAGGAGGACACGGAAGAGUGGCGCCGCUUCCAGGCCGACCUGCAGACGGCCGUGGUGGUGGCCAACGACAUCAAGUGCGAGGCCCAGCAGGAGCUGCGCACGGCCCGGCGGCGCCUCCAGGAGGAGGAGGAGAAGAGCGCUCGGCUGCAGAAGGAGCUGGAGGAGGCCCACGGCGUCAGCAGGCCCACAGCGGAAGCAGGGGACUCAGCGGAGGCAGAUCCCAGCAAGCACUGGCAAGGAGUCCCCGUCAUCAGCUGCGCAUCACCAACUCCCCCGGAGUCCCUGGCCACUGUCAGAUCCCUCAUCAAGUCGUUUGACACAGGAUGCCCAGGCGACCCCGCCGGGCAGAACGUGCCAGUCCACAAAGUCUCCCGGAAUCCUCUGAGCAGCAUCCCCACGCGGACGGCCCCAGCAGCCGCUGUCUCUCCCAUCCAGAGACAUUCCAUCUUCAGCAACUCAAAGCCAGCUGGGAAGACCUUCUCCAAACAUGGCAACCUGCCGCAGUUGCCCCUAGCAGAUCUGCUGAAAGGGAGGGCCGAGGACUUGAAGCCAGACCAUUUCCUCCGCAAGAGCCCCUCCCUGGAAUCUCUGAGCAAGCCCCCCUCCAUGACCUUUGUUGGCAGGAUGCUGACCUCUACACCCAGCAGCCUGAACUCCCCCAGCAAACUCAGUGUGGAGAGGAAGGACCCACUGGCAGCCUUGGCCAGAGAAUACGGGGGCUCUAAGAGGAAUGCUCUGCUGAAAUGGUGUCAGAAGAAGACAGAAGGCUACCCGAACAUUGACAUCACCAACUUCAGCAGCAGCUGGAGCGACGGGCUGGCAUUCUGUGCCCUCCUCCAUACCUACCUGCCUGCUCACAUCCCCUACCAGGAGCUCAGCGGCCAGGAUAAGAAGCGAAAUCUCCUCUUGGCGAUCCAAGCUGUGGAAAGCAUUGGCAUCAAGCCCAGUCUGGAGCUCAGCGAGAUCAUGUACACGGAUCGCCCCGACUGGCAGAGCAUCAUGCAUUACGUGGCCCAGAUCUACAAGUACUUUGAGACCUGAGGAGGAGGAGGAGGAGGAGGAGGUGGGCUUCAUCCAGCAGGGUGCAUCUCAAGGACUCCACAGAAAGCACUUGCUCACUUUAAGAAAAAACCCACCCCACACCCCAUUCCUGUUCUUGCUGUCUGACAGACAUUUCAGGCAGUCUGGUGAAGAACCAGUUCUUAUCGCACCACACUCGUAUCACACGAUGCAGCCACCACGGGGUUCUGCUGGGCUUGGGGCAUUUAUGGAGUGACGAAACACACACCCCUCGCCUGACAUUGCCCAACAGACUCUGCCCACAAGAGUCAUGGGCUAGAAUGGCGUUCCACAUAUAUCUCCAGUAGGGGCAAGUGGGGGAAUGAAGGGAAUGAAGACGACGGCUGUCAGUUUUCCAGGGGCCUUCAAAGUCAACCUGCUCUGCCUGGCUGCUCAUUUUAUAAUGGCCAUCUCCUUUUCCAGGAGGACUCCUGUGCCUGCCCCAGCCGCAUCAUGCCAAGCAGAAAUUCAGCAGGUCGCACUGGUCCUGGGCAGGCGGAUGCAAGAGCAGGGAAAUCCUCACUUGCUGCGUGUCUGCCGGCUGUGGAGCUGUUGAAAGCACAGGAGCCCUGCCAGGGGGAAAAGUUAGCACCCCUCUGAAACAGCAGCCUUUGCAAAUGUGAUGAGAGGGCUCUUCUGGAAACCCGAGGCUGCCCUUUGGGUGUGGGUUGCAGCAUCACCUUGGCGGGACCUGUGGGUUGGAACCGAGGUUGCCGGCACCAGAGAGGUUUGCCUCUGCCCCCUUCCCCCCACCGCUCCUUCCCCACCCAUCCUGCUCGGCUUGGCAAGUUUUUCAGCACACAAAACACACCCCCGUGUCAAGGGGGCCACCGCGGCGCCUCUUGGGCCAGUGUGGGCCGCGUUUCAGGGUCGCCUGAUAGCGGGGAGCGGGACAGAUGUUGAUGGACCACAGCUCCCUUCAGCCAUAGUGCCUGGGGGUGAUGGGAAUUGUAGUCCAGCAACAUCUGGGGCCCCAUGGCUGGGAGCCCCCGAGCUAAAGGAGCUCGAUCUUCCUUCCUUGCCACUUCCCUAGACCUUGGGAGUCAAUCUCUGAGCCACCCACCUUGAGUUCAUCCCCGUGAUGCCAGGAGGGAAACAGGUUUGAGCUCCCACCCCGAGGCUCGGUGGGUCGGACGCCAACCCACCUCGCGGCAAAUAUCUCGGAUGCCUUUUCCACAGGGGUUGGUUUUCUCCUCGACAGAGUUGUUGCUCAAGAGCUGGCCCAGCCUCCGUGUCUGCCCCCUUUCCCCCCAGCCUUCUCGUAAGCGAUAGGAAGCUAAUCCUGGCCUCUGACUCAGUUUGUCUCGCCAGUCACCUCUUUCCCCCCUCGCUGAUGCUUCUCGUUUCCCCAUCCAACCCCCCCCCUUGCCCCAUACCCAACCUUCACCCCUCUCGGCAGCCAUGUUUUCGUGGAGUGGAGGGUCUGGGCAGGUUUGGCAUAGGGCCACAUCUGUGGCGAGGGCUCGACCUUUUCGGAUGUGCGUUGCCAGUUCUGACGGCUCCUGUCUGUGUCGGGAAGCAGUCCGUAAGGCGUUCCAGUUUGGCAGGCCUUCUCUGGGGAGGAUGUGCUACUAGGGGAAGCCCCUCUCCACUUCCCGUGUGCAUCGGGCUGACAGGUCUCCUUGGGGGGCUGAGGGCCGCCCCCUGAGUCCCCAGGACUGAGGCACGGGGUGGGGUGUCUCUUUGGCAACUGGUCAUGUGUGGCCAUGCCCAUGUCUGUGGCCGCAUGUGCAUGUGGGGAAGAGGAAGUGAAUCCAUGGGGCCUCCCCCAGGCUGGGAGCUGGUUGGGGAAAGGCUGGAACAGCUGUCCAGGCUGUUCCCAAGCCCCACUUUCUGAAACAGCAGCUGGCCAACCUGGUGCUUUUCCGCAGGGGCAUAUGGCACACACACCUGCAGGGGGGCCGUGCCCUGUGAUGCAGCCCCCGCCGUGUGGUUUGGCCCCAGUUUGCCUGUUGUCGGCGAGCACAAGAGAUGGAGAGGAGGCUGGAAGAGGGGGUGGGAAGCGGGUUUGAAGUCCUGGAGAAGGUCUGCGUCGGAUAGUCCAUUUGGGAAGGCCGGGUUCACUGUAGUCUCAGGAAAGGCGGAGGGAGUGGAGAAAGGGGGCCAGGAAGGGCGUGUGGGAUUCCAGGAAGAAGCGGAAGGUGCACAAAGAAGUGGGUUUGAAUGUGCCAAUGGUGUGCGGGAAGAGAAGCAGGAGGAUGUUCUUGGGUUAGUUUUGGGACCUCUUCUUACCUAAAGGAAGCCGGGGCCGGGUUUCGAGGAAGAGGCCUCGCCCCCUCUCCGCUGCCCCAGGUAUCUUGGGGCCUGAAAUGUUAAGAUAGGGCAAGUUUGGAACUACUCUCCCCCUUUUCUGGAGGGUGGAGUGCUGGGCCCCUGGGUGGGCGGCCUCUUCUUCCGCCCUCCAAGGUCACCAGCUAAUCCUCUGCAAAGGAAGAGAUCCUGCAGGUGUAGCCUCUUUCUUGUUCUUCUUCCCCGUUGAGGCUCCUCCGACACCCAGUUCUGGAGACAGCAGGCCAUCGGGGCAGGAUUCCCCCAAGUGGGGGACUUUCCAGUGUAGGCACUGGAAUGCCAGCACAUCAGCACUCCCCUGGGUCUUUUGUUGACCGGGAUUGUUCCCCCCUAACUUCUGAUCUCACUGCUGUUCCCCGCUCCCUGACCUAAGCUUCGGGUGCGCAUCUGGACAGAACUUCUCCCCAGGACACGAGAUGUGCUGAGCACCCCUGACUCCACCACCACCCCACCCUGCCACCAGCCUGUGUUUCCACCAGGAUCAGCAGCAGGACCAUGGCAGGCUGCUCUGUCCGCACCAAGGGAGGUGUGCUGUUAGCCAGCCCCUUCUGCUGGGCAGGCCUUGCAGCUUCCUCUCCUGGGGGGCCUCCCUCCAGCAGUGCCAAAGGGACCCACUUGGAUGCUGAACCCCUGGUUGUAUGGCUACUCUUUGGGGUCCAGCAGCAGCCUACCCUCAUGGGACACGGGAGAGAAUCUCCUUUCGAGCUCCCUGCCCAUCUAGCUGCCCCUGGUCUCUCCAGUGAUAUGCAGAUGAUGACGGAGGAAGAGGUGUGUGUGUGUGUGUGUGUGUGUGUGUGUGUGUGUGUGUGUGUGUGUGUGUGUGUGUGUAGGUAGCAGCUUGGAACCGCGGGUGUCCCUGGGUGCUAAAAUCUCUCCAAGGUGCGAUGGGCUUCCACUGGCUGCAUUUCUGUUAUGCCUCAUCCUCCACUCGUCUGGAUCUUUGUUGCUCUGCUGGUUAACGUGUGUGUUUUUGAGAUUUUUUUUUUGUUCCUUGUUUAAACUUGCACAUGUGCCAACUUCUGCCAGACUCGGUGUUUCUUCUUCUUCUUUUUGGACGUUGUUUUUGACUGGGCCUCUUGAUGUGGGGUAGACGUUGCCCCCACUCCCACCCCCCCAAUCUGAACUGUCAAGCAUUUCCAUGGGGCCGGAGGUGAAUCCAUCUUAUUUGAAACAAGAGCACACUAAAACGUAUGGACACUAAGAGGCCGUUGGUUGAGUAUGAACCUGUUACUACAAAGUUUUAUUUAAAAAUUAACAUUAUUGAAGCAUCCAGUGCAGAUUCUGCAUAAUAUUUCUAAUAAAUGCCUUUUGUUUCUGA